GCAUCUUAUGAAUUCAAGUUUCUAACUCUCGUCUCCUCUCAUGGAAACAGGCGGUAAUUUGCGUACGGUUUAGUCCAAAGUGGAUUUAUUCAAGUUUAACAGGCGCUUCCCAACACGGACACAUAACAUAACUUUUCUACCUCGUAGGAUAGAGGCAUUAGAAGUUUAUUUCCAGAUCAAAACUCACCAGAUCUAUCUAUCUAUCUAUCUAUCUAUCUAUCUAUCUAUCUAUCUAUCUAUCUAUCUAUCUAUCUAUCUAUCUAUCUAUCUAUCUAUCUAUCUAUCUAUCUAUCUACUUACCUACGUAACCGCUCUUGUCUCUCCUCUCCCUUUUAUAACGUCCCUAUAUCUUUUUCUCUCACACGUGCUAACUUCCACCAUUACACCGCUUAUUGCUACAUUCUUACAUAUCCUUGCAUAUAUUUAUAUAGAUAUAUACCCAUGCCCUCUCGCGUGUGUCAAUUUGCCAGAAUUCCGUCAUUCAUGAAAAAUAUUUAAAAGUGUUUCUGUGGCAGUUAAUGGAAAUCGAUCAUAGGGAAGAUCAUAUUGUAUUAAAACGAGCAGUCAAAAUGAAUGCGAACCGUGGAGAGUACAGUGACAUCCUAAGGAAGAAAAAAGAUAAAGAAACAGAUGAAGGCAGUUCGGAUAGUGAUUCCAGUUUAGACUAUGGUAAACGUAAAAGUCGCGUAUCUUAUUUAGGACCAAUAUUUUUGAACAGAAUUAGCAGUGAAAUAGGCAACUCUGACGAACUGAACCGCUUGCGUACGACGGGUUCGCCAACCUUGGAACAGAUGGUUAUGUGUGAGAUACAAAAUAUUGGUGAGAAGUUAGACAUCAAAGUGCAUCCUUGGAUUAGCUCCGAUAAUACUGACAGUGCUGACAACGUCAACAAUGCCAACAAUAAUAAUAAUAAUAAUAAUAAUGACAGUUUUUGUGAGAGUGGUAGCACUUCUUCCUGUACCAGCUCUGGAUCGAGUCCAACACAGCAAAGAGAUACACAGUUCAAACUUUCGACCGACAACAAACGUGAACAGAAACAAAGACUCUUACAGGAAUACGGCAUUGAUCCCCAUGGUAGAGAAGUAGUUUUAGAAGCAAACCGUUCAGAUUUCGCCCCAGAAGUUCGUAAUACAUUGCGUGUUAAGCAGGAUACAGUAACACGGGACGUACACAAGAAAAAAUCCGAAGACGUCUACAACAUAGACGAUCAUCGUCCAGAUAUCAAAGUAGACCUGACACCAAAUGUAGAGAAUUGCCCGGUUUUUGAAUAUAACCUAGCUUCUGAGGUUCAUUACACAGAGUCAAAGAUUAACACCAAGAAACCUAAAAAGCUUCCCGAAAGUCAAGUCGAUAAAAGAAGCAACGGCGACAACUCCGGUUUCUCUAGGAAGAACGUGAAAAAUCUCUCCAUCGAAAUCAUGGGUGUUUCUACUGAGUCUUUAGAAUUCCAAGGAGAAACUCCUCUUGGCGACUACUAUGGCCAAUCAAGUUCCGAUGUCAAUACUAAAACAACUACAAUUCACAGAGAUUACAAUGAUCCCAACCUCUCCCUGGUCGGUUCCGAAUGCCCUGCCAUAUCGGUUCUUGGAGAUACUGGAAAUUAUUUUGUUAUAGUUGCUAUUGAUUUUGGCACCAUGUUUAGUGGUUAUGCCUUCAGUUUUACCCGUGAUCCUGAGAGUAUUCAUAUGAUGCGCAAAUGGGAAGGUGGAGACCCAGGCAUCAACAACCAAAAGGCUCCAACGACAAUAUUAAUAAAUCCUAAUGGAGAAUUUGACUCGUUUGGUUACGCAGCCAGAGAUCGAUACCACGACAUGGACCCCGAAGACGCUAAAGAAUAUAUGUACUUUGAGAAAUUUAAGAUGACACUCCACCAUAAUGCUGAUUUAACCAAAGACACAAUUUUGGAGGCAACCAACGGUAAAACGAUGCCAGCUCUCACAGUGUUCUCCUAUGCGCUAAAAUUCUUCAAAGAACACGCCUUGCAAGAAUUGUCCGAUCAGUCGGGCAUGGAGAUUGUCAACGAUGAUGUACGGUGGGUGAUUACAGUACCAGCGAUAUGGAAAGCGCCUGCCAAGCAGUUUAUGAGACAAGCAUCAUACCAAGCCGGGAUUGCAUCACCAUCGAACCCUGAACAACUUAUUAUAGCUCUGGAACCGGAAGCCGCUUCAAUAUACUGCAGAAAGUUGAGACUCUAUCAAUUGGUACCGGAUACUCCUACAUUGCAUCCUUUAACAUCGCCAAAUAAAAAAAGUCCCGAGGUCAUCAAUAUGGACAUGGCAUGUUCGGAUUUAAUUCCCGGUAUGAGGUACAUGGUGGUGGAUUGCGGCGGAGGCACAGUUGACAUUACUGUUCAUGAGCUAGAAAGCAGUGGUUUGUUGCGAGAACUGUAUAAAGCCACAGGGGGUGCGUUUGGAGGCACUGGAAUCGACAUGGAGUUUGUUCAUUUGCUGUGUAAUUUGUUUGGCAAGAGGUUCAUUGAUCAAUUUAGGUCGGAGCGUCCAGUAGGAUGGAUGGACAUGAUGAUCGCCUUUGAAUCUAGAAAAAGAUCAGCUAGUCCAUACAAAUCCUCUCCUCUGAAUGUAUCACUGCCGUUCUCUUUCAUAGAUUACUACAAAAAAGUCAAGAAAAGCACUGUGGAGAGCGCAAUCAAGAGAUACAACAACCCCAAUAUUCGUUGGUCAACUCAAGGAAUGUUGCGUUUGAGUACUGAGGAAAUGCAACGUUUGUUUAAACCGACACUAACACGAAUUAGUGAGGCGAUUGGAAAUAUUCUCAACCAUCCUGAUGCCCGAGAUUUGAAAUAUUUAUUCUUGGUUGGAGGAUUUGCAGAAUCACACAUGCUGCAGCAUUUUAUAAGGCGGGAAUUUGGAGAUAUACUGAAAGUAAUUAUUCCUCAAGGUGUUGGCAUGUCUAUAUUGAAAGGAGCAGUUCUAUAUGGACAAAAUCCGUCGGUGAUAAGCGUGCGGCGGUCACGACUUACCUAUGGUGUUGGAGUCCUCAAUCGCUACGAUGAGAAGAAACACCCGAAAGAGAAACUGUUUUCUAAAGACGGAAUGGAUUGGUGUUCAGACGUUUUCGAUAAAUUCGUUGUGAUUAAUCAACCGUUGAAAGCAGGAGAAACAGUAAUCAGAAGUUACACCCCGGCAAAAAUUGACCAGAAACUCAGCAUCAUAAACAUCUACGCAUCAGACGAUGAAGAUGUAAAAUUCAUCACGGAUACCAGCGUUCGCAAAUGUGGUACCUUGUCGCUUGAUUUGUCCACCGAGGUACCUAUCACACCGUCACGGCGAGAGAUUAAAACAGUCAUGUCGUUUGGCGAUACGGAAAUUAGAAUGGCUGCUAUUGAUGUCAUUACUGGUAAAUCAGUCAAAGCAUUUAUCGAUUUCCUCGACUGAAUAAAAAA